UGAUCGAGCAGCUUCCCAUGGAUCUCCGCGACAGGUUCACCGAGAUGCGCGAGAUGGACCUGCAGGUGCAGAGAGAACAUUUUGUUUCCUGCCCAGUUUGUAACUGGCUAGAAUGUUCCAAAGUCAGCAGUCUAGAGCCCUGGGUGAGGAGUUUGGGUCAUGCUUUAAGUCACUACCACUGCUCUUAGGGACAAAAAACCUUUAGAACUUGGAGUCCUGCCUGUCCCAUGUGGAGAGCACAAGAACCUUGAUGAGAAUCCUACCAGAAUGCAAUUCUGCUUCUUGGAAAUUAAGAUGCAAUGGAUCAGCUUGAGCAGAGGGUAAAUGAAUUUUUUAUGAACGCAAAGAAAAACAAACCUGAAUGGAGAGAAGAACAAAUGACAUCAAUCAAAAAAGAUUAUUAUAAGGCUUUGGAAGAUGCAGACGAAAAAGUACAACUGGCUAAUCAAAUAUAUGAUUUGGUAGACCGUCACUUAAGAAAACUGGACCAGGAACUAGCUAAAUUUAAAAUGGAGCUUGAAGCAGACAAUGCUGGGAUUACAGAAAUACUAGAGAGACGGUCUCUGGAGCUGGAUACACCAUCGCAGCCCGUGAAUAACCAUCAUGCCCAUUCUCACACUCCAGUAGAGAAAAGGAAACACAAUCCAUCUUCUCACCAUAGUGCAACAGAUCAUGUUCCUGAGAAGAAGUUUAAAUCUGAAGCUCUUCUAUCUACCCUUACUUCAGAUGCUUCUAAAGAAAAUACACCAGGGUGUCGAAACAAUAAUUCAUCAUCUUCUUCAAACAAUGCAUACAAUACAAACUCUUCUCAACCAUUGGCAUCAUAUAACCUGGGCUCAUUAUCUUCAGGAUCGGGGGCCGGUGCUAUUACCAUGGCAGCAGCUCAAGCAGUGCAAGCUACAGCACAGAUGAAGGAAGGAAGAAGAACAUCCAGUCUAAAAGCCAGCUAUGAAGCAUUUAAGAACAAUGAUUUUCAGCUUGGAAGAGAAUUUUCAUUAUCCAGAGAUUCAACUGGGUAUUCAUCAUCAGCUCUGGCAUCUACGUUAACACAAACAUUAAGUUCAUCAAACACAGAUUCACGAAGUGGCAGAAAAAGCAAAAACAACAACAAAUCCUCAAGUCAGCAGUCCUCCUCAUCUUCCUCUUCAUCCUCUCUAUCGUCGUGUUCUUCUUCAUCUGCACUGGCACAAGAACUGUCUCAGCAAACAGCAGUAAUACCAGAGUCUGAUUCCAAUAGCCAAGUUGACUGGACCUAUGAUCCAAAUGAGCCACGUUACUGCAUUUGUAAUCAGGUGUCCUAUGGUGAAAUGGUAGGCUGUGAUAACCAAGAUUGUCCCAUUGAGUGGUUCCAUUACGGAUGUGUUGGACUGACAGAAGCACCAAAAGGGAAAUGGUACUGUCCACAGUGUACGGCUGCAAUGAAGAGAAGAGGCAGUAGACAUAAAUAAACGUCUUCAUCUGGAAAACAAAUUGUGUACUAGAGGUUUUUUAGAGGACUUGGGUAGGGGGAGAAACCCCCACCACACUUCUUUGCAACCACUUAAAAAAGGGUUAACAUAGCAGUCAUACGAUCUUGAACUAUUGAUUUUGCUGGUUGUGUUUUAAUAUUGUAAAUUGUUUAUGCACACUGAUGUGCUACAGAUACUAUUCCAGUGAGCCUUGGAUUGUUCCAGUGGCCAACAUAUGCAGACAUUUGUACUAUCAAACCAUUUUCUCUAAGCAAUGGGCAUUCUACAACUAUUCAAUCUUCAAAAUUCUGAUAAGUCAAGAUUUUAAAUGUAUGUUUUAUAUUCAACAGAUAUAUUCUGCUGCAUGUACUGUACUCAAGAGCUGUUAUGUAACACUAUGUAUAUAAAUGGUGCAGAAAGUCAUUGCUUCUUAAAAAAAAAUAUAAGACAAUGGUUUUUAAAAUGCCUUUAUAGCUUUGGUUCUUUAUGAAACUUAAUUCAGCAGGCUGAAGAAAAUGGUUCUUGUAUACAGCGGGCUGUUGUCCUCUAGAGUACUUGAGUAUGUAAAAACAAAACAAAAAAUGCUGUAGGAUAAAACAAACUUGUGCCAUUAGUCUUUAUAUGUUACUGCUCCAGAGAAGGUGCAGGCCAUAAGAGGAAAAAAGGUGUUAAAGUGAUGAUAAAUUUUUAUACCAAAUGUGUUUAUUUUUUUGUGCAAGUAAUCCUUUAAAUUUGAAUCGUAUUAGGUGUUAAAAUAAAACAACCUCAACUCCUCGAA